AUGCACUGGGCUUACCACCCCCAUAAUCCCUUCAACUGGCCACGAGGGAAGAAAUGGAUGGCAAUGCUAACGUCCUGCUGGGUCACCUUCAUUGUCGGAUUAAAUGCCACGUCGAUGACCACAGCGGCCGAGUCGAUCUCGACGGAGUUCAACCUGAGUAAUGGCACUUUCGAAUAUAAUUUCUUUGCCGUCACGGCCUGGAACGCCGCCGCGGCGUUUGUGCCUCUGGUCACUCUUCCGCUAAUGGACACCUAUGGAAUGAGGUAUGGAUAUGUGGCAGCGUACAUCCUGUUCACCAUCUUUGUGAUCCCUCAGGCUCUGGCACCGAAUUUCGCCACCCUGGUGGUAUGUCGCGCGAUCGCAGGGGCAUUUGGAGGCACGUUGCAAAAUUGCGCUGAUGGUCUGGCUUCGAACAUGUUCCUCCAUCAUAAAGAUCGCGUAUUUCCCCUGACUCUGUAUACCUUCACUUUGUUGUUUGGGGUUACUAUGGGCCCGGUCCUCGGCGCUGCGGUUGAGCCAUUGGGAUGGCGAUGGGUAUUCUGGGUUGAAUUAAUCCUCUACGGCGCAUGUAUCCCGUUGGUCGUAUUAUGCAUGAAAGAGACACGUGGACCGAUCCUCCGCGAGAAAUUCAUGCCGAACGAGGAGCCAUCCGACAGCCCGAAUACAUCCGACGCCCUGCACAUUUUCCAGGAAACGAUUUCUCGAUCCGCAUUGCUACUCACCACCGAACCGACCGUGACUUCGUUCACGGUCUGGUCAGCGUUCGCCUUCGGUCUAGUUUUUAUAUCCACACAGUCCAUCCCGAUCGUCUUCAGCGGCACAUACAACUGGCCAUCAUACACCGACGGAGUCAUCCAAUCCUCCAUCGGCAUCGGACAGAUUAUCGGCCUGGGCGCAUGUCUCUUCCAGAACCGCGUCUAUACACGCAGCACAGCAUAUAACCCGGAGAGUCCCGGGAUCCCGAUCCCCGAAUCGAUCCUGCACCUGUCCAUCCCCAGCACGGCGGUCGGACUCGCGGGCGGACUAUUCAUGUACGGCUGGUCGACGUACAAGACACAUUGGAUUGUUCCCGCGAUUGCACUGGGUUUGACGGGCUACGCUAUCAUGGUCAUCGUCACGGCGGUCACUAUCUAUGUGACGGAUUCGUAUGCCGGGUUCGCAGCGAGCGCGAUUGCGGCUGUCGCGUUCGGUGAGAACAUCUUCGCGGCGGUUCUCCCGCUGGCUGCGAAACCCAUGUACGUCCGACUCGGGUACCAAUGGGCUAGUAGCCUAUUGGGGUUUGUGGCGGCAGCAUUGACUUUCGCUCCGGUGGUGUUACUCUGGAAGGGCAGGACGAUUCGGGGCAGAAGUAAGGCGAUUCAGAAAAUGGCUCAUUCUUGA